AUGAGAUCUGUUCUCAACCAUGCGCAUCACAACAACUACCUCGAGCACAUUCUCGGUCUUUCUAGCGAAGAGCGUCUGGAUAUCAGCAAGAGACACCUACACGCUAUGGGCUCUUGGCUUGCUCUACGUGUAAUCGGUCGAGUGGUCCUACCAAUGGCAGUGAACGCCGGCUCGUUUCUACAAAUGAGGGGCUUUGAUUGGAUGGAGGACAACCUCACACAUAAGGAAUAUCUGCAAGCGCUGCCUAGUAUCUACUCAGCUUGGUGUAACGCAGUGUUGGACUGCAUUGAGCAGUUGAAAGUGUACAUGCGCGAAGAGCUCGAUGACUAUCUACGCCGAAUGGGCAUGAAACGAAGGACCUUCGUCCGUGUGCUGACUCACGCCAAGGAUAUCCCUCAUGGCGCUGGAAAGUCAUCAAGAACCGCAUGCACUCUCUGCGGAGACGACUACGGUCCUUUUGCUGGCGGGCUGGUUGAACCUGCGCGUAUAGCCGUCACAGAAUGCGUCAAGUCCGGCCACAACUCGAACUGUGUCUGCGACACGAUUCUAAAAGGCUCUACGAUAUUAGAAGAGCUUCGAGACUAUACCGGGAUGCUUCAAACGGACGAUACCGACGAUGAUACGCAUCCUGGUGACGAGUUCUUCGAUGCCCAGCCGCACGUUUUCAACGAUACCGACCUCCAAACCAACCACACAUCGAACAUGUUCACCGACAUCGCGACUUUGCUUUACAGCGCUCAAGGCCGCAUCUGGCUCGGUGAACACUCAAUCGGGGAGCGCCUGUGCUCGACUUGCCUGCUACUCAAGGAGAAGUACAUCGGCGAAGAUGGCCUGUCUGCUGACUUUCCACCUAUGCCGAGAAGUUUCGAAGGCCUGCGCGUGAAGUGGUGA